AUGUUCACAUGUUCCCUCAUUCAUUUUGUUCAUGAUGAGUUAGAAAUUGUUGACGACCCUUGGCAGGUGUUUGCGUGGGUGGCGGUAUUUGUGCUGCCACUCAACGCGGCCAUCAACCCUCUCCUGUACACUGUGUCGACGGCGCCCUUCCUCAGCAAAGCCAGGGAACGAGCCCUUAACGUCCGCUCCUCCUUCAGGUGGUCAAUGUCCCGCAGGGCCACCAACUCCUCCACCGGCACGGUGGGUGACGACAGGACGACGAUACUGGUGAAGCCCCUCGACACAUUAAUUCGGACACCUAUCCUAAUGUCACGUGAUCUACAACACUGCCAUACUAUGCCAUCGACCCAGAAUGCGCUACAUCUGGUGGCCUCACACGCCAACCAUCUGAGUCUUAGCCGUGCCCACCAUCCCUGGAGGUCUCAGUCCUUCCACGGCACUGCUGCCAACGUUGUAACCAAGCGUCAGAGUAACGAGGAGUGGGUGGCGCCCCAGGGAGAGAUCAUCCCCCUGUGUGAGCUGACCAACCACACACAACCUCCACUCUCCAGACAACACUCUCGCAAGAAGUACACCAAGCACCACCACCACCAGCUCUAUGACUAGUUCUCAUCCAUGUGGUCCAAAUCAACCCUCAUUCACCAGGGAGCAACGCUUGCAUUAUUACUUCGCCUGCCGUCACCGCCAUCCAUUAGAGUACCACUAUUAAGUAAAAAAU